GGAGGGAAGGACAGAAGGAGAGAGUGGCUGAGUCAAGUAGAACGAAGUCCGUUUUAACCGCUGUUUUAAAGUGAAAUCAGAUUGUGUAUGGUCCAUGUGGAUUGUGCGGAUACUGUGGAUAUAGCAGACAUUCUGUGAGCACGGCCCAGCACCAGUGUGAGAUGUGUGAGCUUAGUAAAGUGCGAGAACACUCCGAGUCGAUGUCUAGGUGAGCACACUACCGCCCCUGUCUGCGUGUACGGCGUCACCUACAGACCAGUCACCGAUGUGUAGAAAGCGGUAAUGGGCCAUCCACUCGAUGGACAGCGCCCAAGGCCGGGGGGGCCGACAGCCUCAGACUAGUGCCUCGAACAAGCGUGUCCCUGACCUUGACCGCAGCACUGUCAAGGACGGAAAAUCCACAUCUAAAACCAGCGCCCAUGGCGGCGCCACGACGCCCUCCAAGAGCUCCCCCUCAUUUCUCAGCCCCAAUGACGCCAUGGGGCUGGGCGACGUGGUGUCGCGUCUCAAACAGCAGGGUGGGAGCCCUAAGCCCCGGCGGACAAACGACGUCAAAUCUCGGCCCAAGUCGUCCAAGGAUGACCCGCCCAAGAAAGCGAAACCAACAAAAGACGAGCCUACACAGCGAACGAAAUCCUCCUCUAAAGACGGCACGCUCUCCAAAUCUAAAGGCGACAAGAAGACAGGCUCGAAGGAAAAAAUUCUUGACGAAAAACCCUCCCGCAAAAGCAAAGAGUCUCAGAGCGCCGACACCUCCAAGCUGCAGACACCGAAAAACAAACGCCGGGCUCGUAGCGCCUCAAGACCACGUGACACCCCAGCAGACGGGACUAAAUCCCCCGACCCCGGCGCUACAAGCCCAUCCAGCCCAACCGGUGGGUCAGGUACGGACAGGCGGGCGUCGAUUCCAGUUAUUCGGCUGUCGCGUGAAGAUAGCAAAAAACAAUCUGUUAUCUGUGAAGACAUCCCGGACUCGCCGAAAUUCAAGCGCCGGCUGUCCGUCUUGUCGCAGGCGAAGAUCGCCUUCGAGAAGGUAGCGAUGGCUGUGACGGACGCCGAGACGGUGACGGUGCAGGACAGGAGCAGACCCGUCAAAGACAGGAAGACCAGAUCUCACUCGGCUCCCAGGGAAAUCAACCCCGAGCGCGCGGCCAAAUCCGCGGAGCUCGCCAAAAAGAAAUCGCACUCGAAAACUUUGUCACGUGACCUGAACCACGACAAGACGCCGCUGACCGAGGACGACGGAACAGCAUCGACAACUAUGCAGCAAUCUAAACAGCAACAUCGGAAGACGGACGUCAAACGGAAAGACGCGCGCGUUGAAGGGGAGAUUUCCCUAGAAGGCGUCUCCACGCCGGAUUUGUCCAAAUCGGCCUCCACGACAGCGGCGAAACCAUCUUCUUCGAAUCCUUUAAAACUCCUGCACUCCAUAACCCGGCCCUCCAGUCUUGCAUCCUCCUCCCCCAGGCAGACCACGCCCUCCAGGCCCAGGAAAAAGUUUUCUAGAGGUCAUAUAGACCAGGAUCCCUUAGAAGUAGACUAUGAAGUGUUGGACGACCGAGUCACCAGCAUAGAGCCCCGGAGAUCAGUCCCUAGUGUAGAGCCCCGCCGCUCCAUCCCUUAUGCUGAGAGCCACAAAACAGCGGCUGAAGAGCCUCUGUUGGCCAAGCACAGGGAAUCUAUCUCAAAGCAGGGGAGGUUAUCAAAAGAUCAGGAGUACGUUCAGCCAGCCCAACGGCCGCAGUCCAUCCCCUAUGUGCAGACCUUCCCCCGCACGAAGCAACAAGAGACGGAGCAGCGCCCGGCGUCCCAGAUGUACACCUCAGCUACCAUGGACCCGAUCAAAGCUAGAAAGGCCACGACGCCGUCCUCCAGCGAUCGCUUACGUUCCUACACGAACCAGCUGAGCACGCCCGACUCGGCCUUCUCCCCGCUCUUCAAAGUCCCCAGCUCGUCUUCUUUCACGUCAUCAGACGCACGUUCUGACGUCUGUCUAGAUCUUCCAGAUGUUGCCGACCCGCAUGUCAGCGACCUUCACCUUCGGGAAGCGGAGCGAGAUCUGAAGGUGAAGUUAGGGUUCCCCAACGCUCCAUACAGCCGUAUCGUGCACUACACCGACUCCAGUCUAUGUUUAGCCAUCCUCUCCGCCAUUCUUGUCUUCUUGGUGUCCUUCGUCCUGGUCUGGCCGCUUCUCGUCAUCAUCCUAGUCAUCGUGCCGGUCGUUGUCCUCCUCAAAAGGUUGUGUAGCUGGUUGUGCUGCUGCGGCCCGACCCUGUGGGGGCGCUGCUGUCUCUGUUUUUGCCACACCCACUUGACCAGUUCGGAGUUGAUGUGGUUGGGUCGAGGGUCUGGCGCUGGUAACUCUGUGGCGCAAAGCCUUAUGGUCCUGCAGAAGGGUCUCGACACCGACCGCAUCCGGAACUUAAUCGACUCGCGACUGCUCUCGGUGGAGAACCGACACGGACACAAGAUCUACCCCAGGUUCACACAAAAGGUCGUGCCAUUCUGCUGUGGCCAAGCUUGGGUGGCCGACAGACACUUCAUCCUGGCCAAACAUGUGUACAACAUGCCGGGGUACAUCGAAACACUGGAGGAUCUCCAGCAAUUUAUUUCCAAGAUGGCAACUCAGCCCCUGUCCUUAGACCACCCUUUGUGGGAGAUACAGGUUUUACACAACUUCCGUGAGCCCCGGGACACGGUCCUGUUGUUCCGUAUGCACCUGUGUAUGACAGACGGAGUCUCCAUUGUGCAUGUGCUAGAGAACGCCCUGGUGGAUUCACAGAAGACGACACACCGGAAGUCGACGUUCAGCUCCGAGGCGUCCAACACGUCACCGUUCAAGGUGAUGUUCUCCGGGCCGGUGACCUUCUUGUCGCGGUACCUGUUCAGCGGUCAGGACGUCAACCUGAUACACGGCCAACACGUCCACUCGUCUGGCGAGAUGGUCGUGGCCUGGUCGGAACCUUUCAGCCUGAGCGCGGCGAUGCGCGUCAAGCAAGUUGUCCGGUGUACCCUGAGUGAGCUCCUGCUGUCCAUAACGGCCGGCAACAUCCGCACCUACCUGCAGGUGAGCGGCAUCACCCACCCUUUCAACGUCAAGUGCGGCCUGCCGGUGGACUUCCAGUCUAUGGACGGGGGUGCUCUGGAUAUGGAAAACAAGUACGCCAUGGUGGUCUUCCAGCUGCCCACAAACACAGAGGGCACCAUCCCCCGCCUCUGGGAAACAAAGUACAAAAUGGGAGAGUUCAAAUCAUCAGCUGAGGCAGCGAUCAUCAGCGGAGCAAGAUGGCUGACGUAUUGUUUACUUCCGGUCUCGUUCUUCCAGCAGUUGUGGCGCGAGAUUUACGGCAAGUGCACACUUCUCGUGGCCAACCUGGCAGGACCUACCUCAGUGCUAAAGCUGGACUCCAGGGAGGUCAAGUGCAUGAUGUACUGGCUGCCUCCCCUCGACAAGGUCCCGCUAACCGUGUCUUUCAUCACCUACGCUGACCAGAUCAGAAUGGCCGUCAUCGCAGACAGAUCCGUCAUCCCCAACCCCGAUCUGAUUACCCGGGAUUUCAACCACAAGUUGGAGACUUUGUCCAAACUUCUGGCCCAUCGCAGAAUACCAGGCGAAAACUCGGCAGCUAAUCGUCACGAGAACAUCCAUCUGCUGUCCAGCUUCACCCUAGAGGAUCUCACAGCUGAACAGAUUCAGCUGGAGAUGUCAUUAGUCCAACAGGAGCUACAUGAGAUGAAGCUUCAGCUAGAAUCAGGUCCAAGCAACUACAUCAGCCGCAACGACACCGAGCUGAUGAACCAGAUAGAGGCUCUAAAGGAGAGGUCCAGAGAACUAAUGAUGUACCUGAGGAAGAAGAAAGCUUGUGAAUCAGAAAAUGCCAUGAUAUUUUCAGAAGAGGAUGACUUAGAUCCUGAAGCUGGACAGGAGAGACCCCAAAAACCAUUCCGACGAAGAACGCUGUCCAUGUCGAGUAAAAUGUCGACAGCAUCAGUAUCCUCCACCCACAGGCCUCUGUCAACAGCUUCCACUUCCAAUCUCCCAUCUCCAAUACACAGUGCUCUCCCUUCUUGGCCUGAAGGAGAUUUGGGGCCUGAUGACUUGGAGGGAGGCACAAAAAGUAAACAUAUGUAUGUCCAAAUGCAACGAGCUGCUGGGCGGAUAGGCAAGGAUGUAACCACACCAGUUUAUAAUUAUUCAGAUAUCAAAGGUCGCUAUCACAGCCUGGUUUCCUAACAUCAGAACAUGCUAGACAUCAUUUCUUUUGUAACAUCAUAAACUGAAAGACAUCAUUUUUUUUCUAAUAACACAAGAUGUUAGAUAUCCUUUUUAAUCUAAUACAAUGAAUAAUAAUGAAAUAAUUAUGCAAGAAAAAGGGGAUUGACUGAAUCUACAAAUAUCACUUGCUAGAGAUUCUAGACUGACUGAUGUCAUUUCUUGACAGACCUAGAGACUCCACUCACUGUUAGGGGAGAUCACUUGUGGCAAUAUCAUGUUCCUGUGGUGUAAACACCCCCAUUCUACCAAGCAGUCUCACAAUGAUAGUAGCAGCUUAGACUGAGCCAAUCAUCCUUAACCUUGUGCUCACCAUCCUCACAUAUGUCAUACAACUGAUUAUGACUGUUAUAUUUUUCAGUCAUACUUAGUGACAGUAUUUUUUCACAUGAAAUUGUAAAUUGUAUUAACCGACUUUCUUCCCAUUGAUUAUGGAACUCUCACUCAGUAUGUUGGUUUUAAAUAGAUCCCUUUCUUCUAUUGAUGCCAUAUUCAGCUCUUAGAGUUUAUGUGAUGUUUUUGUUUUGUAAUCUAGAGAGAAUAAUUGUACAUAAUCCUAGCAUGUAUAAAUUAUUGAAAUAUUUAUUAGAAAAUCUGAUUGUGUUUGAUUGCUUUUGUGAUUUGAAUUUAGUUAACAGGUCAUGUAAAUAAUAGCUUAUAUGUCAAGCCAACAAAAAAUUGUGUUUUCAGUUUAAAAAUUCUAAAUUAUAAUCUAAUGUAAUUUACAAGUUUAGUUGACCGGCAAUUUUGUAACCUACCCAAAAGCUUACACAGUAAUUUUUUUUUUUAUAUUUAAUUAUAACUGCAUUUUUUCUAGAAGGAAAACAUGUGAGACUUAUUUAUUAACUUUUUUCCUUAGUUAAGCUGUGGUUUAUUUUUUUUUUAAGUAUAAGAAUAGCUGUGUCGCAAUUAUAAGUCUAGACGCUCAUAUUUAUUUAACAUUCUGAAGUAAAAAAAAAAGCAUUUUAAUAAACAAUUUUGGAUACUUUUUUGAACAAGCUAAUUUAUGUAUCUGUGUGGAUGCAUUAUCGCAUACUAAUUACUUAAAUUUUAAAAAAAACAUCAAAUAUUCACACUAUUUUUUAAAUUUUUCAGCACACAAAAACAAAAUUUACUUUCAAAAUCUUCUAACAAUUUUUUAAAACAGUACUCAGUUCACUAAAUUAUAAAAUAUAAAUGUUGUUUGCUUGAAGUCAGUAGUUCAGGCAGUAAGAUGUACAGAUUUCCUGUAGACUUCAUGUACUCAGGGAAAAUCAAUGCUCACUAAAUUUUAUAGAUUCUGUGUUUAUGCCAUACUAAGCCAACUUCAAUGUAAUCAAGAGUUUGUAAAGAUUUUAAAACUUUGUCUAAAUUCUGCAUUAAUUAUCCUGUUUUCUUGGUAUUUAAAAAAACACUUUUCAAUAAAAUUAUAUUGAAUUAAAUUGUAUCUAUUUGUGGAUGCAAUAUUAGGACAUGGUCAAAAAUAGUCUGGCAAUUCAUGAAAAUCAAUGACAUAGGGGAAAAAGGGUGAAACUUUGCUGUAUUUUAACCUUAGUCAAAUUCUGUGUGCAUCCUCUAAUGACAUUGUCCACUGUUUGAAAAAGAUGUGUACAUAGCCUCAGGUGUUUGAAUGUAUUGUGGUAGUAACCCUAAUAAUGCAUACAUGUGAGGAAAGUGAUGAAACAGAAUAGUGAUUGGAGCUUAAGAAAUAUACCGGUGCUCAUGAAAUGUAAAUUUUUUUCUUGUAAAUUUACAAUUUUUUAUUUUUGUUUAUCUGCUGUUUUUCUUUUUUUUUUUUUGCCAAAAAAAUUCAAACCACUUAAUAUUAAAAUUUAAAAAUUAAUUUUGUACUUAUUCCAAACUAUUGUACUAGGCUUGAAUUUAUUUUGAAACAAAGUUAAAUAACAAAUAGUGAUCAUUCUAUAAUUACUUUCUGUUUAGAAUAAGCUUAUUUUUAUUUCAAUUUUAUAAUAUUCCUAGAAAUAUUCAAAGUGAAAUUUUUUCCAUAAAACAACACAUGAAUUUGGUUCACAUAUCAAUGCUUGAAGACUUCACCCAUAUAUGCAUAUGUCCUCACCUUAAAUUUGUUGAACUUCAACAGAGCCCAGAACAUUAAAGAUUUAUACCAAAAGCAAUUGUUGAUGUAAAAUUAUUUAUCUAGUCAACUAGGCUGUGAACUGUAGAUAGAAUUGUAUUUCAUUUGUUAUUUAGUAACUGUACCUAAUUCUAAACUUUAACAAACAUCACUUAUCUGUAUGUGCAAUAUUGAAUGUUUUUUAUUGUAUGUACCAUAAAAUUGUGAUUGUGAAAAAUUGUGAGUUAUAUGUUAAAAUUUAAUUUAAUAACAGCUGCAAGAAAAAUGUCCCAUAUAUUUUUGUUGGUUUUUCUACUUAUCAGCUGGUAACAGGGGUAAUCAUAGCAAAGAGAAAUUUAUUGAGGCCUAAGUGUCAUAAAACCUUGCCCUGUCUCUAAAAAUUUACCAAAGAACACACCGUUAGCUGUUGUAGAAAGCAAAGCCAAUUUGUGAAACAAUUUGUAAAAUCCAUCACUUUUUCAAGUUGGAGAAUAGAAUAAUUGUUUUUACUAGUUUUUUUUAGACAAAAAUUUGAUUUUUUGGGGCUCAAAAUUUCUUCCAAAGUGACUAAAAUGAAGUUAGGAUUUUUGUUUUACCAUUCAGUAAUAAACAAAUUAAAAGCCCAAAUUAGACAACUAUAUGAAGACUAGAUGUAGACAUUGUACAUAACUAUGACUAAUUUUUACCCUUGCACUUAGUGCUGGUGGGCUAUGAGUGCGUGGCUGCACUGGUGGGCUAUAAGUGCACUAGUGGGCUAUGAGUGCAUUGUUGCACUAGUUGGGCUAUGAGUGCACUGGUGGGCUAUGAGUGUGUGGCUGCACUAGUUGGCUAUGAGUGCACUGGUGGGCUCUGAGUGCACUGGUGGGCUAUGAGUGUGUGGCUGCACUAGUUGGCUAUGAGUGCACUGGUGGGCUAUGA